CUAACAGAUGUGAGCAGUGUGAAUCAUUUUCUUCCGUAAACGAUAUAAGUUUAUAUCUUACGUCAACAGUUAAGUUGCACUCAUCUACAUUUUGUGUAAACUUCUCAACAUCCUCUGUACAUUUUGCCUGAUCAUUUUUGUGGGGACAAACUUUUGCCCAGUGAUAAGUGCUUUGACAGACAGCAGUGUGAUCUUCUCCCGAAUUUAUCGAAUGGAUUUGAGCCUGGCACAGUACUUUGAUUUUUUUUAACUAGAUUGUGCAUCACGUUUCACAGCAAAUCGCGUGUAGCAUGCGCAGUCCGGAUCAUUUGAUUCACUAGCUCAUUCUGGCGAUUUAUCAUCAAAGAUUCUCUUCAAGGCGGAUUUCAUGUCACUAAACGUGAGGUCUGAACAAGCGAUUGGUCUGGACCAGAAAACAACUUUAGUAAGGAAACUCAGGAAUCCAAUGCAGAUGUAAUGCAGGUUGAGGAAGCAGCAGCUGGACCAUCAGGGCUUCAGGAAACUCAGAAAUCCAAUGCUGAUGUAAGGCAGGCUGACGAAGCAGCAGCUGGACCAUCAGUGCUUCAGACCACACCUAGUCCAGGGAAAGUGAAGGAGGAGAAUGACUCCACUGCUUUGAGUCAACAUUCAUAUAAUUUCGUAGCAAAAUUUGGUCUACAUGGCGAUGAAUACCACACCAUUCACUGUGAUCAACCUUGCACAGUGCUGGAGGCAAUACAAUCAAAUGAAACAUUGAAGGAGGGGAUUAAGUGUGCCGAUGAGAACGUUAUUAUUCAGCUGGGUAAAGAGGAUAGAGAAUGUAUUGUUGCAACACAUUUCCCUUGUUCUUGUAUCGGGGAUGGUACGUUUCUGUCCAUAGUCUCUGAAUCAGAAAAGGUCGAAGAGACUCAAGGCCGAUCGACAAAACCGAUUGACAAAAAUAUAUAUCCAAAAGACAAAUAUGUGAUCUUCUACAUUGAUAGAGAGGGAGGGAAAUACACCAAAAGAAAGAAGAUCUUUAGAAAUGAUGGUGUCAAAAAAUUCAAGUAUCUCUGUGUUUACGGAAAGAAGGGGAUGACUGUAGAGGAGGCUCUUAAAAGAGAUGGACGCUUCAUUGAUGUUCUUGGCAAGUUCUACCUGUCCAACAAUGAUUAUCCAAAACUCCACACUGUAUGCACACAAAAGGUUAACAACUUGCACCAGAAAAAAUUCAAGAUAUGUCUUCCACGUCGUAAAAGAAAAAAAUAUGAAACACCUGUGGAAGGGCUGAGGCAGUCACCACGGAAAAACCCAUCAAGUAAUUCCCAAAGCAAGUGUGAACCAACACCAGUCUCAGAUGUAGUACAGCAGAGUGGAAUCAGUGUAAAAGCAGCACUGGAAAAGAGAGGGAGCAGUGUCAACACGGAGGAGAUUUAUAAACGACUGCGUCAGCAGUUUCCAGAACUGAAAGAAUGGAUGGAGAGUAGAUUCCCUGGUAAUUCUUAUCAGGAAGCACUGAACCUCAGGAAGGAAAACUUUGGAAAAAUCCUGCAAUCUUUUAGUGAAGUUCACAGAGUAAGGAAGAUGCUCAAACUGGGGGAGUCAGUUUGCAAACUCGUUGUAAAGGAUGUUUGUGAGGGAACGGGCUUUGUGCUGUUUGAUAGUUUUAUCCUGACUAAUGCACAUUUAUUUAAAGGUUAUGACAAAGAAGGAAAACUACAGGAGGAUGUAGAAGUGUUUGCUCGAUUUGGGUAUGGUGACCCUGAGCCAGAAACAAUUUACUCCGACUUUACUGCCAAGAAAACAUUUGUUGACUUUGAUGUCGAGCGUGAUUAUGCCAUACUGGAACUCAACCAUGAGGGCAAGAAAUCCAACCACGAAACAACCACCGUUGUACCACAAGGGCUCCUGAGGACAUUUGGUCCACUGCCUCUUAAUGGCGAAGCCUGUAUUAUUGGUCACCCAGCAGGAGGAGUGAAAAAAAUUGAUCCUACAUGGAUCAUUGAGAUAGAGAACAGAGGAAAGGCUGUUGAGGACUAUUUACAAAAGUACAAAGACCACCCCAUCAUUGUCCAAAUGAUCCGUAAAAUUAUCAAAGACGCAGGCAUUGAAGACAUAAUGAUAAGUGGAAGUAAAGAUAUAGCGACCUACCACACUUUCAUGUACACCGGUGCUUCAGGCUCCCCGGUGGUUGAUGCCCUUGGCAGAGUUUUUGGUUUGCACACCGCAGGAUUUACCUAUAACUUUCCAGACCGGCAGAGUGUGAUUGAGUAUGCCCAACCUGUGCUUGCUAUAUUUAAAAAGUUUGUGGAUAAUCUGAGAGUAAGUGGAAAUAAGGAGCUGUUGGAAAGAGUUGAAAAGGUAGCAAAGGGAAACCCGAACCUAGAAAAAAUAUUGACAGGACCCAGACAGACUACCCAUUCAAUCUUUUGCCGGUCUUUCAAUUGAUCAAAGAUAAUGGCAUUGGUGACAUAAUGAUGAGUGGAUGUUUAGAAGAAGAAGUAGUGACCUACAACACUUUCAUGUAUCACGGUUCUUCAGGCUCCCCGGUGUUUGAUGCCCUUGGCAGAGUUUUUGGUUUGCACACCGCAGGAUUUGUCUAUGGGUUUCCAAAAGAGAAGGGUGUGAUUGAGUUUGCCUGACCUGUGCUUGCUAUAUUUAAAAAGUUUGUGAAUAAUCUGACAAAAAGUGGAAAAAAGGAGCUAUUAGAGAAAGUUAAGAAGGCAAAUAGGAAAACCAGGACCUGAACAAAUAUUUACUCAAGAGAUCACGAGAGGACAGUGAAGGAAAAUAGGUGUUCAGAGCAGAGGCUCCUUAGGCAAGUAGCACACCACAUCUGGCUGUGUAGAUUGUUAUUAAAUCAUUAUAAAAGUGACUGAACACUUAGGAUUGAACACAUUAGACCUGGUUUCUCCGAAGCUGAGCCUCCUGUUUUGUCCAGACUCACCAAAUCCAACUUUGUAUUUUGGGUAAAAUGGAUGCCAACAUGUAUGUUUGAUUUUUGCUCAGCCACUGCAUUCAUAACCAUCCGCUGUAAAUAAUUGUCUGCUUUUAUAGCAUUGAUAUUGCAUUCCAGCCUUACUGUAGAAGCUGUUAGGUGCACUGUCAUUACAACCAUCUACUGUUAACCUGUUUGUGAAAGCUGCAAUUUCAUAAUCAAGUGUUUUACAUUUACAUUUAGUCAUUUCGCAGACGCUUUUAUCCAAAGCGACGUACAAAGUCAAUCAAGCCAUGAGCAAUAGAGACCUAGUAUAACAAUAAAUACUACUUUACAUAAGAAAUAAAAAUUGCAGGAAUGUGACUACUGUUUUAGGCUUUGAUACCUAUUUACUUUCAAUCUCUUGCUAUAUUAUCUUUUCGUUAUAUUAUAAUUAACUUUUUUCGGUUCUCCACACUUUCCUGUCAUUGAUGUUUUUGUUUUCAUUUAGGCUCACUUUACUGUAUGUUACUGUUCCCCCCGUUUCCCCUAUUUAGUCCACUACAAGGGACUGCAACACCGUCUCCACAAAAUAUCCAUGUGUGCUGUAAUUACCUUAUCCUCUCUGUCCUUAUACCACAUAGAAUGACAUUUG